AUGAUUGCUGCAGACGUUCAAUCUCUCCCAAUGGGAGACUCACCUGAUCUGAUUCUAGUCCCCGCCACGCCGGAGGAGCGGAUCAAAUCCAUCAAGUUCAAUAGCGUGGCCUGGAAGGGACCCUUGGACAUGGACGCCUACAUUGCGCGUGAAGAACACCUCUACAACCAACGGUUGACUCGGGAAAACCUCACCAGUUGGAUUCUUGUCGACCGCACCGAGCCCGAGGGCGAGCGAACAAUUCUCAGUUCCUGCGAAACCUACCGAAAAAGGGCGCUACUAGCCCACGACGGCACAGUCGAAAAUGUCAAGACUCACGGGAUCGGGAGCGUCUACUGUCGGCCCGAUUUCCGGGGCAAAGGCUACGCGAAGCGGAUGAUGGAGGAAUUGAGUCGGAAAUUGGAAACUUGGCAGAUGGAAAAGGAGUCUCGCGGACGGUCUCUGUUCACUAUUCUUUUCUCGGAUAUCGGGAAGAAGUUCUACGCUCAGUUUGGAUGGCGGCCCUUCUUGUCUUCGCAUAUGACUCUGCCGCCGGUUGCGAGGGAAGUGCUUAAUGGUAGCCUGGAAAACAGCAAGAUCAGAGCCUUGCUCGCAAAGGAUGUCCAGGACUGCGUCUGUGAUGAUGCCACCCUCGCAAAGUUGCAGGAGCGUAUGCAGGUUGCCUCCCAAUCACCUGGAGCGACGGUUGCCAUAAUCCCGGAUUUUGAUCACUUCGUGUGGCACUGGGCUCGCGAGGAGUUCUUCGUAGAGAAGCUGUGUUCGGACCGCUCUCCUCCACUGAUCAAGGGCGCCGGUGAUGACCAAGCUCGCGUGUAUUGCGCAUGGAAUCGCAACUUUGGUGAUGCCCCCGAGGACAAUGUCUUGUACAUCUUGCGUUGGGUGUAUGAUGACCCUACGUCGCCGGAAGAUGAGCAGACGUUGAUCGAAGCAAUGGCCACUAUCUUGCGACGGGCUCAGCUGGAAGCCCAUGAGUGGAACCUGAGCAAGGUCGAAUUUUGGAACCCAUCGCCCUUACUGGAGAAAGCAGUGGCCCUUCUCGACCCCAAUGCUGAAGUGAUACACCGUGAGGAGAGCAGUAUUUCCAGUCUGCGAUGGACGGGUGCAGAGCAAGGAUUAGGUAAGGACGUGCAGUGGUUGUUGAACGAGAAGUUCACUUGGUGCUGA